CUUAGAGAAGCAGCGCUCCGCCUCCCGGGCCCCCUAUGAAACCGGCGCCCGCUGACAUCACGCCCGGCGCGGCCAAUCGCGAGGCGGAGGCGGGGUCAGGCGGCGCCGGGGAGGCAGACGGAGCCCCGCCCCACGUGCCUGGGCGCGGGCCGCUCACGUGCGGGAGGCGGCCCGGGAUGGAGGCGCGCGGGGAGCUGCGGGUCGGGUUCGUGGGGGCCGGGCGCAUGGCCCAAGGGGUGGCGCGGGGCGCCGUGCGCGCAGGAAAAGUCAAAGCUGCUAACAUCUUGGCCAGCGCACCGUCUGACAGGAACUUGGGUGCCUUCCAGGAUUUGGGCUGCAGGACGACACACUGCAACAGUGAGGUGCUGCAGCACUGUACCCUGGUCUUCCUAGCCACCAAGCCUCACCUGCUUCCUGGAGUCCUGCAGGAGAUUUCUCCUGCCAUUACCCGGGACCACAUUAUCGUGUCGGUGGCCGCUGGAGUCACUCUUCAGGCCCUGCAACAGCUUCUCCCUGCUGGGACCAAGGUGCUGCGUGUCAUGCCCAACCUGCCCUGCAUGGUGCAGGAGGGGGCAGUGGUGUUUGCCCGGGGGAGCUGUGCUGGGGAGCAGGAGGCCGCCCUGCUGAAGAGCCUGCUGUCUGCCUGCGGGCUGUGUGAAGAAACGCCCGAGUCCUACAUCGAUAUCCACACGGGCGUGAGUGGCAGCGGGGUAGCCUACGUUUACUUGUUUGCUGAAGCCCUGGCGGAAGGUGCUGUGAAGAUGGGCAUGCCCAGUGCCUUGGCUAAUAAAAUUGCAGCCCAGACACUGCUGCUUCUCUGACGGACUCUGCCAUUUGAGCUGUGCUGUGAUCAGCCAAGUGUGUUAGGGCUCCUCUGGGACCCGUAGGGGCCUUGCUGGUUGAGAAUCCUGAGUUCCACCAGUUGCAGUCAGUGCAAAAGAUUCCUGGGGACUCAUCCAGGACGCGAUGGGGCUGAACUGGAAGAAGCAAAGCCUCUUCGGCUGUCCUAGCAUGGCCACCAGAGGGAGGAGGUGGCUGCAGCUGCACCGGACAGACCUAGGAAGAGUCAGUAACUGCCCCCAAAGUCCUUCCAGUCAGAGAAACCGAAACCAUGGGAGCAGGAUACAGCAAAGAGGUAGGAUUGGUGUCAUGCACAGACUGGGGAAGAGGGCACCUGGGGCCAGCUGCCCCUUAAUCUGUGCAUUACCAGCUGGCCAAUUUCUUGUAGGCAUCAUAUGCUCCAAGGCCAGAAGGGACCAUUAUCUAGCCUGACCUUGUGUUUAACACAGGCCAGAGACCUGCCCCCAAAUAAUUCCUAGUACAGAGCUGUUAGAAACACAGCCCAUCUGGAUUUAAAAACUGCCAGUGAUGGAGAAUCCACCAAGACCCUUGGUAAAUUGUUCCAAUGGCCAGUUACCUUAAUUGUUAAAAAAAAAUAUGACUUUAUUUCUAGUCUGAAUUUGUCUAGCUUUAACUUCCAGCCAUAGGAUGGUGUUAGACUUUCCUCUGAUGGACAGAUGAGCCCAUUAUCAAAUAUUCUUUCCCCAUGUAGGUACUUCUAGACUGUGAUCAAGUCACUCCUUAACUUGCUCUUCAUUAAGCUAAAUAGACUGACCUCUGUCAGUCUAUCAGUGUAAGGAAGCAGGUCAGCAAUUUACAAUGGGGUACAUUAGCUGCAUUACUCUGAAGAGCGUUUGGCCUGGUUCCCCUUAACUCUUGUAUUAAUGGCAUUCACACCAUGUAUAACAACGGGAGGCAGCGCUGUCUAGCGAUCAGAGCAAGGUGCCCAGGUUGGGGGUUGGGAGACCUGGGUUCUGUUCCAGUGGAAGUGAGCCAGCGGAAGAGUGGGGAAGUUGCUUGCGUCUCUUCCUGGGAAGGGAACAGUUUGGAUGGAGCAUGGUCUCCCUCCCCCAGCUUCCCAGAUCAGAGGGCAGGGACACUUGCAGAACGCGAAGGCACCGCCCCCUGCCCACCCCGCUCUCCUCUGAGCCCGCCUCC